AUGAAGAACCUUCUGCUGUUGGCAGCAAUCAUGGCCUUGAGCUUGCUGCAGGUCCAAGGAAACUUGUUGGAUUUUGGGAGAAUGAUCCGGUUCACGACAGGAAAGCACCCUGCAUAUGACUAUGGCUUCUAUGGUUGCUACUGUGGCUAUGGCGGCAGAGGAACCCCCAAGGAUAAUACCGAUUGGUGCUGCCGUGAACAUGACUGCUGCUAUGACCGUCUGGAGUUUCAUGGGUGCAGCACCAAACUUCAGACCUACAACUUUGAUAUACAAGGGAGCAGAAUCGUCUGUGGGGGCCAGAACCUUUGUGAGAGGCUGCUGUGUCAGUGUGACAAAACUGCUGCCUACUGUUUGGCAAGAAACCUGAAUACCUAUAAAGAAAAGUUCCGGUUUUACCCCAAUUGGUGGUGCAGUGGGAACAAACCCAGCUGCGAGAGGCAGCGGCCUCUUCUCCAUGACGUCUAA